AUGAGCCAACCACAGCAGCUCCCUCCAACACGAAGGCCUGUCAGGUCAGGUCCGUACGGUGGCGCCGCGGCGGUUCCUGGCGGUGACCAGCAAGACGAGCUGCACAUGGCGGCGGCCAUGCCGACGAGCCCCAAUGCCCCCGGACGGCAGCAGGUACCGCCUCCAUCGUCGCGAGCCUUCGACUACACCCCUCAGACCAAGCAUGAGCACCAUCAACAUGCUCAGCAAGGCGCGAUACCCAACGCCCUCCAACCGGGUAGCUUGGUGUCCCGCCCACCAGUCCUAUCCGCCAACACGGCGCCAACCCUACCUACGAUACACACAUCCAUGCCUCCAGCUGCCGCCUCUCACCAGCAGGCCCAGCAGCAAAAGUCGCCGACGUCAAACGAAUACGGCCAGACUCCGACAAAGUCGUCGCUCGCGAUGCCGCACACUCACUCGUACUCCCGGUCCAGCCCGGCCGCCGGAUAUGACGCCCCUCCCUCGUCUUCCUACCACACAUACACGCCCACGACAUCCAGCGGCUCCUCUUCUCAGUUCAUGUCCCCGGUUGAUAUCGCAAAAUACAACGUCCCAGGCUCGCAGCGCAACCUCUCCAACACGCCCCUGGGCCUUGCCGACAUCCGGCCGCGUGCCGAUUCGCGCUUGUCGGACGGCGCACCAGGUGCGGCGCACGACCUGGCCAACGCCCGACCGAGCCCGAGCAAUUAUCUGGCACCCUGGGCCGUCUACGCCUUCGAUUGGUGCAAGUGGCGGCCUCAGGGCAACAGUGCUGGCAAGCUAGCCGUCGGUAGCUACCUCGAGGACGGCCAUAAUUUUAUUCAAAUCCUCGACAGCCAUGUCGUCCCGGCACCGCAAGACGUGUACACGCCUGGCACGUCCAAGUAUAGUCUCGACUUCACCAAGGUUGCCGAAGCGACACACUCUUAUCCCGUCACCCGGCUGUUGUGGGAACCUCCCUCGUCUCAGAAGCAGUCCACCGACCUCUUGGCUACCUCAGGCGACCAUCUACGACUUUGGUCGCUCCCGUCAGACACCCCGGCGAACCCGAGCAAUACCAUCACCAGGGGUGCGCGAGACGCCGCGACCACCAAGCUCACGCCGCUCGCCUUGCUCUCCAACUCCAAGACCCCCGACCACACCGCACCGCUCACGUCGCUCGAUUGGAACACCAUUUCCCCCAGUCUCAUCAUCACCUCCAGCAUCGAUACGACCUGCACCAUCUGGGACAUCCCGUCCCUAACAGCCAAGACGCAGCUCAUCGCGCAUGACAAGGAAGUCUACGAUGUACGGUUCUGCGCAAACAGCGUCGACGUCUUUGUGAGCUGCGGCCAGGAUGGCAGCGUCCGCAUGUUUGAUCUGCGCAGUUUGGAGCAUUCCACCAUCAUUUACGAGCCAACUGGCAAGGAGGAAAAGGAUGGCGGGGGGGCCUGCGCAAGCCCCACGACGGCCGCACAGCAGUCCAUGGCGAUGCCUCCACCCCUGCUCCGGCUGGCCACGUCUCCCCACGACACCCAUCUCCUCGCAACAUUUGCCGCCGAUUCAAACAUCAUCCGAGUUCUGGAUGUACGGCAGCCCGGUCAGGCACUGCUCGAGCUCCGAGGCCACACUGGCGCCAUAAAUUGUCUGGAGUGGUCGCCGCUGCGGCGAGGAACCCUCGCUUCGGGCGGCGAUGAUUGCCAGGUGCUUGUGUGGGAUCUCCUGACCUCGGGCUCCGCCACGAGCGGACCGUCGAUCAACGGCGCAUCCCAGCAGGAUAGCCACAGGAGUCCUGUGGCCUGCUGGGACUGCGAGUACGAGCGGCGAAUGGCUCGGCGUCAGUGCCGGCCGUGGCAUCUGGGGUACACGAUUGAUGUGAUGGAUCGUGCUGGAGAAUCCACCAUGUCCAAAUUGCGGUCGGGCCGGGACGGCAGGGCCGUCGAUGAGAUCAACCGUCUCAUGUCAUGCAGCUCUCUUUCGUUUGGUCUUGAGUGCCCUCCCUCCCUGGCCAGGACCCCCGGACCUGCCAACUUUGGGUCUUCUCCCAAGCAGGGGAGUACCGGUGAUGGCUUGCGCCGACGCGUUGAACAGGGCCAGAAGGUUGUCUACUACGAUUUCCAUCGGCUAUUGGAACCCGAAUGA